AUGCUCUUAGAAUCCACAUCACCCGUGCACAAAGCCGUGCUCACUCGCGACCAUGCUGCCCUAAAGCAAAUCCUUGCCGCUAUUCCCCGCAUUUCCCUGCCUUCUCAAAGCCUAACCGAGGCCGAAUCCAUCGCCGAGGAAGACAAGGCCAACACCAUCUCAUCUGUCAUUGAUCGUCGCGAUGUCUACGAGCGUGAAACCCCUCUCCACCUUGCCAUCAAACUCGGCGAUGCCACCGCCGUUGAGAUGCUCAUGGCCGCCGGAGCGGAUUCAAGCCUCCAAAACAUGCAGGGAUGGAGCCCUCUUCAAGAAGCCAUUUGUGCUCGAGAGGAACAAAUCGCAAAGAUCAUUGUUUAGUAUUACCAGGCCUUAGCCUGGGUCAAGUGGUGUCGCCGAAUGCCACGUAUUGUGGCUGCCAUGAAUCGGAUGAGAGAUUUCUAUAUGGAGAUCAUUUUCCAUUUCGAGAGCUCCGUGAUCCCUUUCAUAUCAAAAAUUGCUCCAUCUGAUACCUACAAGAUAUGGAAGCCGGGAUCGAAUCUGAGAGCAGAUAUGACGCUUUCCGGCUUCGAUGGUUUGAAGAUUAAGCGAGCCGAGCAGAGCGUUUUGUUUUUGGGACCAGGUUCGGUUGAUGGAAAGGUAAAGCCUGCUAGGUUGUACGUAAUCUCGCAUAAGGAUAAGGAGGUUCUCGAUGCUUUGGAUGGAGCAGGGGACUUGGUUUUUGAUGCUGAAUUGCAACAGGAGGUUGCAGCUCUGUUUAGAACCAAUGUUCUUCGACCAGGGCUUGAUGUUACCCGUACGGUUCUAGUUCCACUGAUGAAUUGGAGAAAGCAGCAAAGGUUGGAGAUGGUUGGGCCAUGGAAAGCUAAGGUCUACAACAUGCAUCAUGUAGUUGCUAGUAUAAGGUCACGACGGGUUCCUGGUGCCAUGACUGAUGAUGAGAUAUUCGCUGUUAAGAAUGAUGGAGAGGAUGUUGAGUUAGGGAGAGAGGAAGAAAUUGGAGGCAACUUUAAAAUGGAAAAUUCAGAUUCUGCCUAUUUCACUCAGCAAAAUGAUCAGAGCCCGGUUGUUGAUAAGAGCUCCACAAUCAAUGCAGUGGUGGGUGGAAAACACACUGGAGUUACUUCUACUCCUAAAAAGACAAAGCACUUUCAGACUUUGAUCAUUUUAGAAGAACUUUGA